GAGAAUUCAUGUAAUGAAGGCCUUAAUCAGGAGAGAAUUCCAGACCAUACCAACGAACUCAAAGCUCGAACAAAGGAGAAACAGUGGACAGUGGAAACAAAGGGAAACAGUGGACAGUGGCACUCUCCGAUUAGAGGAGAAAUAGUGGACAGUGGCACUCUCCGACAUACCCGGCUGGCGAGAAUCGAAGCCGUUGCUGAGUUUAGACUACGUAUCGGACAGGAUUGCCCCGUUGAUGAGUUUAGACUACGUACCGAACACGAUUGCCUAUAA